UUUUUCCGAUAUCAAACUAAUCGAUAACGACAGCAUAUCGAAGAACGAUAAUAAAAUUAACAAUAACAAAAGAUAUAACAAUAAAUGCAAUGCUCUGGCUGUAAUGGCAAAUAGUUCCAGCUCAGACGAAAGCUGCAAGGCCCCCGACAACUUCCGCAUAUCGAGUGCCUCCACAAACGGCGAAGACGAGGAGUCCAGCGAUGUUGCAGGAUACACAACAAAGCGCAGAACUACGGCGAAGGAUCUGCUAAAGGAUGCGAGCACCAAAAAUGCGGGAGCCACUACUGGAAUGGGUGCCCAUAUGCGGUGCCCCCUGUGCCACAGCUGCAGCUCUAGCCGAUUUCACUGUCGCAAUUGCGUCAGAAACGGAAACAUUACUCACAGUCAGGCGGAAAGGCCCGAAAGUCUAACGGAGAAGCAGCAGCGGUACAUCAACCUGCAGGCGGGUCUUAAAACCUUCAGUACGCGCUACGAGCGCCUCAUAGAGCAGCACCGCUCCAACGAGGAUCGACUGAUGGCCAUUAAGGCCAAGCGAAAGCAACUGGAGCUCCUACAGCAACUCAUCUCAGGAACGGGACAGAGAUUGCGUAUUCUGGGUGAGCGUCGUGACGAAUUGCGUCGUGCCAAUGCCGAUAAGCGAAAGAAUCUACCCAAAUACCCUGAUAAGGUAAAGAUGCUCGAGGACUAUGUGUUGGAUCGCGUUGAGAAAAUAGAAAAACUCAGGGAAACCCACCUAGGGCUCCUGGACAGCAUUAAGCAGGCGGCACGACGAAGCAUUCAGCAGCUGGUCACAUAUGUGUUUCCUAUAGCCGAGGUAGUCCUCAAGGAGGAGCAACAACGAAGGGCCAGCGUGGAGCGCAGCGAGGAGGCCGAAACCAUAGCGGCACUGGCCGAUGCCAAAAAUACAUCAUACAUACGCGGUAAAUGGGUUUUCCACGGCAGCGGGAUCAGUGAAGUCCAAUACAGAAUUGUGGGACCUUCGUUGCCAGCAAAUGGCGACUAUACCGCCUACCUGGACUGGUUGGCAGACAACAAGGAUGAUGUGCCCAAGGCCACCGCAAACGAGAUUACGCCUAGUCGGUUUGAGGCCUACCGUAUUGUAGGCGCUCUUACCUAUACGGCACAGCUGACACAGUUGCUCAGCUUUUACCUGAACGUGCGAUUGCCGCACAAGAUCGCCUACGGAGACUUCUGCCGUAAGCUGCUUAACGAGGAGCAGUUCCGGCGCAAGAUCUCGCGCCUCAACUCCAAUAUCAUGUAUCUGGCUUAUACGCAGCAGGUCAAGUUGCGCGCUCUGAUCGAACAGCAUACGUUGGAAAACCUACUGGCCAUCUUGGACCUGGAGCGUAGCGAUCUGGGUCGAUUCGGCCAUCUGGACGUUACCAAUGCACCGCUUAUGAAGUCAGUGGAUUCCCUACUAAUCGGCAUCGAAACGGCCACGGAAUCGGAGUCCGAGGAUGAAAACUCCUUGCGCAUGGAUUGGGAAGCGGUGCCGAGUCUUACUCCUCAGCCGGAGUUGGCAGAUCCUAAUCUAAUGCCGGCAGCCAACCAGCAGUCAACCAUUGCAUUCGUGCGUAUGGCGGCCACUUCGGUGCUGCGGUGGAUCAAGUAAUCCCAGACCAACCAAACCCUGAUCCUCCGGCAAUAUCAUCAACAGACACGUGUGUUAUCUUUUACAAAUUAGGCUAAGUUAUCGUUUCUGUGACAGUGUGUCGGAGUUUCUCGGCAGUCGCUGGUUUUAGCGUUAUCUUUGGGUUUACAGAACUAAUUUUGUAUCAAUUCUAUAUACAUAUAUUUGCCGUGUGUAAAAGAGCGCCUAUUAAUUUACUUUUAUUACAUAACUUAUUCGUCUUUAUUUAAUAAAAAUGGUUCUCUAUAAAUAAAAAUAUAUAUAAAUUUGCUUUGUUAAUGUUUGCAAAGUACACUGACUUAGUAGGUAAACGACUCAUGAGAAAACAAUAAUUAAACUGGUGCAAAUGAUUGGAAGGCAGACACAGCUGCGAAUGAAACCUACCUAGAACCAGCUCUAGAAUCUUAGAUUAGAAUCGCAAGGGAACGAGCUGAGUGACCCUAGCUAUAUGAACUUUGUGGGCAGUUGUUUCGUGGGCGGGUGAGCAGCUCCACUCGUGGUCACCACUUCGCCGGCAGCGCUGGGUUGCGGCAGGCUGGGCUUAACAAAUACUUGUGGCAGUGUGUUGGCAGAGGCUCCCACUUGGGCAGCUGACAUGGAGACGGAUCCGUUAGCCAGCAGGUCGUAGCGCGGCGAGGCGUGGCUCAUCGUCGAGAGCACGAUGGCAGCAGCCAUCGCCUCCUGAUUGUAAAAGGCCGUCA